GAAGAAGGAGACGUGUUUACCACUGGCAUGGUGUGCUGUCGCUGUCGCCUUUGUCUGCCGGCUACUGACUGAUACGCGAUCCUGCUUAGUUCGUACUUGACAGAGACCACUACCGUAAUGCUAGGAUUUAACCUGCUGUGCUCAUCUGCUCUGCUGUAGAAAAUGAAGCUGCGCGUCCAGUUACAGUGCAAGAAUUUACACGAGUACCUCAAAGAGUUGAGUCCUGACAUUUUGGACAAACUGUACAACCAUCCAGCCACCUGUCUGGCUGUUUACAGGGAGCUCCCGUCAUUGGCGAAGAACUAUGUGAUGCGUAUGCUGUUUUUAGAACAGCCGCUUCCGCAGGCAGCGGUGGCUCUGUGGGUCAGAAAAGACAGUCAGAAGGAUCAUGACCGGUGUGUGUCGGUGUUGUCCGGGCUCAGACUAUGGCACAGCCAACAGCUGCAAGGUGGUCUGCAGGGAAACACCUUAAACCCUGUGUUCAAAGACAACCUGAGGAUUGCACUGCUUGGGGGGGGAAAAGCAUGGGCAGAUGAGGGUAACACUUUAGGACCAGAUCGCCAUGCGCGUGACGUAGAGAGCCUGGAUCGCUAUGCUAUGGAACGCUGGGAGGUUAUUCUGCACUUCAUGGUGGGCUCCCCAAGUGCUGCUGUGAGUCAGGACCUGGCUCAGCUGCUCAUCCAAGCAGGGCUCAUGAGGAGUGAGCUGGGAGAAGCUCCUUGUAUCACCUCUGCUGGUUUCCAGUUUCUGCUCCUGGACACAGCCUCUCAGCUCUGGUACUUCACCUUACAGUACCUCAAGACUGCACAGUCACGAGGUAUGGACCUGGUGGAGAUCUUGUCGUUCCUAUUCCAGCUCAGUUUUUCUACUCUUGGCAGAGAUUACUCCGUGGAGGGCAUGAGUGAAUCCUUACUCACCUUUUUGCAGCACUUGCGGGAGUUUGGCCUGGUCUUCCAAAGAAAGAGGAAAUCUAGAAGGUACUAUCCCACCAGACUGGCCAUCACUCUUGCUGCAGGAGUCAACACCAAUUCUAACGCCUCACCUAACACCAGUAACACAACUGUGACUGUAGACACAAGCUUCAUCGUGGUAGAAACCAACUAUCGUGUCUAUGCCUACACAAACUCUGAACUUCAGAUAGCUCUGGUAGCUCUCUUCAGUGAGAUGUUGUACCGCUUCCCAAAUGUAGUGGUGGCUCAGGUCACGAGAGAGUCUGUGCAGCAGGCUAUAGCCAACGGCAUCACUGCUCAACAGAUCAUCCACUUCCUCAGGACCAGAGCACACCCUGUCAUGCUCAAGCAGACUCCAGUACUGCCUCCAACCAUCACAGACCAGAUCAGACUGUGGGAGCUGGAGAGAGAUCGAUUACAGUUCACAGAGGGAGUGCUCUACAACCAGUUCCUGUCCCAGGCUGACUUUGAGGUGCUGCGAGACAGAGCACAGGGCCUGGGCUGUUUGGUGUGGCAGAAUGUGGCACACAGGGUGAUGGUGGUGACGCCACAUGGACACAGUGAAGUCAAGAGAUUCUGGAAGCGACAGAAAUCUCACACGUAGUUGGAGGAGAAUAAAGAGAGAAGGAGCAGUGAUGUCCCGUUAAAGGGCGGUUGUCUCUGAAGCUGCUGUUCAGAUGUUUGUGAAUUCAGGGACUUCCCUGGUGAGACUGUUCUUUGCCAGUGUUGCACGAAUGUUAAUCACUUAGUUUGAUAAUUAAAGAAAUGUUUUUUAUGUUUCAUAAUGUAUUGAUUCUUUAUCUAAACCUAGCACAAAAGUAAGGAAAUGU